AUGAGUAUUGCACCACAUCGGAACAGUAUAUCCAAGAGGUCCUCCUUUAUAAUUGGAGGUCAUAAUCGAUUUGGAAACCAUCCCAAUGAUCGAACAGUGGAACUUGGACAUGGACAGAAUGAAAUGCGAACAACAAUAUCCCGAUUAGAGUAUUUAAACAACAAAUUCAAUAUCGACCCUUCGUUUGACAUUGAAGUUUCCGGGGAGGAAGAAGGACAAGAAGCUGGUCUUGAACACGAAGGUCAGGCGCUAAAGUGGAACUCAGAGUUCAUGAAGAUCGAUAUUCAGCAAAAGGAGACUGCCUUUGCUGAAUACAGCUGUAAAAUCCUUGACUCGCUAGAAUUGUUAAAACCGCUUUUCAAAUAUAUAAGGUCUUUGGAGAUGAACUUGGAUUCAUUAUCGAAUGAGAUGGAGGCGUUGAAGGCAAGACUUACAAAUUUGAACGAAGAGAUCAAAAAAAAUGCCAAGGUGGAUCAAACUUUAACGCCGGUAUUGAUGGAUAUACUGAUUUCUCCACAGACGGUGCAAAUAAUAUGCAGUGCUACUAUAGAUGAGAACUGGGUGAAUCAAUUGACUGUUUUAAGUGAGAAAAAAGAAAUACUACAAGCAUAUAAAGACUCAGAUAAAGUCAACCAGGACAACAUUACUCAUUUGUCCCAGAUCAUAGAAAAUCUUGAAAAGAAAUGUGUUGAACGAAUUAAAAAGUUUUUGAUUGAUCACAUUAAAGCAUUCAGAGGAAUUGAUUCAUCAUCUGUGAAAAUCCAAAAAAAACUGUUGUCAGUUAAAGAAAUAAUGGUUUUCCUGAAGGACAGAAAUCCAAAACUGGCAAAGGAAUUUGAAAACGCAUAUAUCUAUACUAUCCGCUGGUACUACUACUUCAACUUUGUCAAAUACAUCAGCUCUUUAGAGAACUUGACGUUGCAAGAAAAUGAGUUUGACACAGACUCCGCUUUUAAACAUACCACACGUCCAUUACCCUCUUCUUCCACUAGCACAUUUCGGAGUUUAUUAUUGGACAAUAGCGAUUCCAUUAACGAAUAUCUAAUUAAUUUACCACGCCGCCUUGAACAACUGGAAGAUGAAAGUAAUAAGUAUUCGAUUUUAGCUCAGAUUGCAGAAUCUGCUAAUAGUAACCUAAAAUUUUUUAUGGAACAAAUUUUUCAGUUUCUAAACCAAACAAUACUUGACAAUUUUACCAUUGAGUUUAAUUUUAUUAUGGGCUUCUUUGACAUAACCGAUAAUGAAGAACUAAGUUCAACAAUGAAGCAGAUGUUUUCACCAAUAUUCAAAUUGGGCACCAAUUUUACCAAGUAUCUUCUACAAUAUUGUAAAAGCGAUUAUUUUGGGAUCCUACAUACUAUUAGAAGAAUCCAAAAGAUGGAGUAUGAGAUUCAGAUGAGGUGUCUGCCAGAAUUGUUUCAAACAUACUUGAAUUCUCAAUUGAUGGUAUUAUGGCCGGCUUUCCAGAAUAAUAUUGACAUCUUAUGCGAUAAUAUAACUGCAACAUUGAUGUCAACGUCAGUUAUUAAGCAAAUAAUGAACAACAAAGCAAACCUGUUGAUUCCAUUAAAGGCAACCCAGUCGUUUAGUAUGGUUUUGAGCAAUAUGGUAAAACUUGUCCAGAACUUGGUGUUUGAACUAGAAACCAGUGAGCCCUUAAAUGGAUCCAUUGAACGACUUAGUAGCACAUAUGAGAAAGGUAUGAUACAAUUAGCCAGUAACUUAGACCCUAACAAGAGAAAAUUGUUUCUCUACGUGAACUUCCAGCUUAUGUAUAAUGUUCUCGACAGUGAUAGUAGCAUCAAAGAAAAAAUGCCUGAUCUUACCGAUCAUUACAAACGGCUGGUGGAAGCAUACAGUUGA